AUGGUGUACGGUACCACAGUCAGGCUGCCUGGUGAGCUUAUUGUGCCUAACUAUGAUCAUGCUGAGCUCGACCCCAGUGUGUAUGUUCACAGGCUGCGUUGUCACAUGCAGGACAUUCGUCCCACUCUGCCCAGGCCAAAACAGCGACAAUCACACAUUCCAGCUGACCUAGACAAGUGCACACACGUUUUUGUUCGGCAUGAUGCAGUGAAAAAAAACCUACAACCUCCGUAUGAUGGACCAUUUUGCAUCAUCAAGUGCGCCAGCAAAUACUUUGUUUUGGACCUCAACGGCAGACGGGAUGCGGUUGCCAAGGAUCGUCUGAAAGUGGCGUAUCUUGACGACGACUGGACAAACGCGCAUUCCCAACAGAUUCGCGAGAACACGCCCGCAAGGACUGUUUUGCCAGAAUCACACCCCCCAUCCACAGACACGUCGUCUUCCCGACAGAUUCGCGAGAACGCCCCCGCGAGAACUUUUUUUGCCGGUUUCACAACCCCCAUCGCCAGAGACGCCAUCUCCUCCACAACGAGCCACCAGAGCUGGUCGACGAGUUCACUGGCCAGCCAAAUAUGA